AUGGCUCAGUUAGCUACAACUCAAACGCAGUUCAUGAAUGAAACUCACACUAGCCUACAAAAUCAGUCUGCACAAAUCAGGAAUUUAGAGGUUCAGCUAAGUCAAAUGGCAGGUAUGUUAACAGAGAGACAACAAGGAAACUUGCCUAGCACAUCCGAGGUAAAUCCAAGAAAGAGUGGCAAUGAACAAUGUAGUGCAAUUACUUUGAGAAGUGGAAAGGAAUUGAAGAUGCCAGAGAAAAUGUCUGAGUCUGUAGAUCAGAAGCAUGAUCAAAAUAACCUUGAGCACAAUAAAUCUGAAUCUCAGAUUGAAGCAUCAUUACCACAAGAUAGAUUUAGCAGAAUCCCUUUUCCUCAGUGCCUGAAGAAGAAUAAGCUUGACCAGCAGUUUGCUAAAUUCUUAGAUGUAUUCAAGAAACUUCACAUUAAUAUCCCAUUUGCUGAAGCUCUUGAACAAAUGCCAAGCUAUAUGAAGUUUAUGAAAAAAAUUCUAUCAAACAAAAGGAAGCUUAAGGAUUAUGAGACAGACACACUUACUGAAGAAUGCAGUGCAAUCUUGCAAAAGAAGUUGCCACCCAAACUCAAGGAUCCAAGCAGUUUUACCAUCCCAUGCUCGAUUGGGAAUGUGGUGUUUGAGAGGGCAUUAUGUGAUUUGGGAGCAAGUAUCAAUUUAAUGCCCUUAUCAAUCUUCAAGAAGCUUAACUUGGGAGAAGCGCGGCCUACUACAGUCACAUUGCAACUAGCAGAUCGUUCAUUAAAGCAUCCCAGGGAAGUAAUUGAAGAUAUUCUUGUCAAGAUAGAUAAGUUCAUAUUUCCAGCUGAUUUCAUUGUACUUGACAUGGAAGAAGACAAAGAUAUACCAAUUCUGCUAGGCAGACCAUUUCUAGCUCCUGGGAAAGCGCUUAUUGAUGUGAAAAGGGGGGAAUUAUGUCUUCGGGUCCAAGAAGAAGAAGUGACUUUCAAUGUUUUUGAUGUUAUUAAAUAUCCUCAAGCAAGUGAUUGUUGCUUUCGUAUAAAUGAUAUGCAGGUAAUACUGCCUAACUCAGUGAAGUUACAAGAUUCCUUGGAGGCCAGCUUGACUCAAGAGUAUAUUGAUGAUUUAGAAGAGAUGGAGGUGAAAGAAUAUCUAGAUUAUGGAUUGUUUUGA